AUGGAGAGUGAGGAGGGCGCGCAGCAGCCGCCGCGCAGGCGGGGAGAGGCCCCAGGCGGUUCCGGCUCGGACCCGCCGUCGUCUGCGCGGCCCGGCUCGAGCUCGGCGUCCGCCUCGCUGCUGUCCCGGCUGCACAGCCUGCAGGGCGACAGCGACGAGGCCGACGAGCUGCGGCAGCGCCGGGGGCGGCGGCGGCGGCGACACCGGCACCGGCCCGAGCCCGCCGACCGGGCCCGGGCCGAGGCCGGCGGCGAAGCGCUGCCGGAGCCGGUGAGGCCGCAGACCCGGCCCACCAGGGCCGAGGAGAAGGCGCCACCGCCUCCCGAGGAGGAAGAGGAGGAGAGCGAGGAGAGGGCAGACCGGAGGGGGAGGGCCUCGUCCCCGGAAGCUGGGGAGACCUCGGGGAGCGCCAGAAUUAAAGAAGGAGAAAAUUCAGAAAAAGAACAUCAGUGGCUUGUAUUAGAGGCGAAUCUGACACCAUGGGAAGAGUGGUUCGUUUGCAAAGAAAAAGAACAACGUGCUCGUCUACAAAACAGAGCCUUGGAGGAACUAAGUCUACAACAAGAAAAAAGAAAAGAAGAGGAAGAGCGUGAAAAAAGAAAAAAAUAUGCUGAGGAAAAACACAAGGAAUGGCUUCAGAAAAAGAAUGAACAGGAAAGAAAAGAAAGGGAACGGAAGCUUAAUAAAGAAAUGGAAGAAAAAGCAGCAAAGGACAUAGAGAAAGAGCAUUUGCAAGAAAAAGCUAAAGAAAAAUAUCAAGAAUGGUUAAGGAAAAAAAUAGCUGAAGAACAUGAGAGAAAAAAAAAGGAAAAGGAAAAAGAAAAGCAGCGGCUUGCUGAACAACAGGAAAAAAAAGAAAUCUCUGAAAAGAAGUUCAAGGAAUGGCUACAAAAUGUGAAAAACAAACCUCGUCUCAUUCCAAGGAGCUAUUGUUAUGUCAAUGGGAAACUGACAGGUUUCUACAAUGGAACUGCCUGCCCACCGCCAAGCUUUUAUAAUCCAAUCCCAUGGAAGCCUAUUCACAUUCCCCCACCCAAGGAAUCAAAGACUGUUAUUACUGUGAAGAAGAGCAAAAGACCUGUGUCCAGUCAGCCUUACAGGUCCUCAUCUUUGGUCUUUCAUAAAAACAAGGGCAAUCUUUGCCUUGGAACUCUGUGCAGAAUACAAAGAUAGUAUAUGUACCAAAUAGCCUAAAUGCUGAAAUACCCACUUUUUAAAAAAAACCUAGAACUAUUUUUGUUACUCAGUAUUAGCACAAUAUUUUGUGUGAUGAUUUACCAGUUAUCAUUUUUGUAUUUGUCAGUAGGAACCUUCAAGUUAAUUAAGGGAGAUAUUUGCACAUUUUUAUUAUUUUUGUAAAUGUUUCAAGGUUGUGUGUUUGUAAAAUUAGCAUCUAUGCAAUUAAGAAAUAUAUUUGUCAUUAACUUGUCUAUAACUGUUCUGUAACACCAAUAAAAUCAAAGAUUGUUCCUGUGUUCUUCCACAAUGUAUAUUCUUAGGAUUAUGUAUAGCAAUGUAAUUAGAAUAAUAAAUCUUGUAAUAAAUCAUUUUAAACUGAUUAUUCCAGAUAACCCUUAGAAGAAUCUUUAUAGGAUGCCAUUUUAUGGGAAUCAGAAAAUAGGAUUGGUGAUUUUACUAUUUCCUGCAAAAAUUUUUUUUUGAAAAAGCAGACCACCAACCAGCAUUUAGUAUAAUUAUGAAAACAGAAAGAUAAGAAUCCUGAGUUUUGUGAAAAGAGAGAACUCACAGUAGUGAGGGAAGAGUUAUUUAGCUUUAGAUCCCAGAUACUACUUUGGAAAAAACAGUCAGUUGAUGGUAAUUUAUAUUUAAACUCUGCUGAAAUAAUGUUUGUUUCCUAAAAUGAUGUUGUUUUAAAAAAAUUACUCCCCCAAAAUCUGUGUCCCAGAAUCAUGCAUUUUUACUGUUUAAAAGGAAGUAAAUACAGAUCUUUUUUGCAAAGUCUGAUAUCACUGAUCUUAUUGAUAAAUAAAUUGAAACCAAUGGUAGUACCAAAGGGUCAUUAAAAGAAAACACC